AACACGUAUUGGCCUCUAUCUCUAAUCUCUAUAUAAACCUCUCUCACCUUCACCACCUCCUCACAACUCAACACUCACUCCUUUCUCUCUCUUAUUCAUUCCUUUCUUUUAAGCUUUGUUUCUUCAAUUCUUUCCAAAUGGCCAGUGUUGAGGUAGCACAACAAGCACCAGUGCAAGAAAGCAAACCAACUGAGGUUGAGGUUCAGGAGGCAGCACCAGCUGAACAACCAGCCACCGAGGCCGCGGCCCCGGAGGCUCCAGCAACAGAAGCACCGAAGGAAGAAACCAGCGAGGAACCAAAAGAAGCGGAGGCUCCGGCAGUUUCAGUUGAAGAGGUUGAGAGCAAGGAAGAAGUAGUAACAGAGGAAGCGAAGAAGAGUGAUGAGGCAGAGACAGCAGAGGAAAAAGCUGAAGAAGCCAGUGAAGAGAAAGCAGCAGAGGAGCCAAAAGAAACUGAAACGGCAGUAACGACAGAAGAAGAAAAAGAAGAAGCAGCUCCGGUGGAAGAGAAGAAAGCAGAUGAGGCAGCAGUGGAAGCAGAACCGGAAGUUGCUAUUGAGAAGGCUGAAGCUUAAUUACACCAGAGUUGGUUGUUGGAAUCGGGUCUACCUUUUCUUCUUUGCAUCUUGAGGUUGGAAAGUUCUUUUCUUUUUUUCUUUUUUAUGUUAUAUUUUCUAUGGUGCUCAAGUCUUCCGAUAUUUAGCAACAUGUAAGCACACCACUUGCAUGCCAAGUUGGUGGAUAUGAGAGAAAAUUGUAUGGUUUGUUUUAUGAUGCCUCCUCCUCUAGGGUUACGAGUUUGUUAUGGUGUGUUCCAUGUAUUUCUCUAGGCUUCAAUAAAAUAUUCUUAUUUUAUAUUA